AUGAAUUUUGCAAGAAAUUUAGACAGCGGGAACUCGUCGAUGCGUUUUUGUCAUUUGGCAGGAGGAAAUUUGUUGGGAUUGCAUCUAAGUCGAGCAGUUUGGGAUCCUUAUCCGUGGGUUAGUGACGUCACAGUUGACAGUUCAGCAUCAAAAGCGGGCAUUAAAGUUGGAGAUUUGUUACUUGAGGUAAACGGCGAAGAUAUUUUAGGCCAAAACGUAUCAGAAGUCGCUCAAAAAAUCAAAAAAUCGCAUCGAAAUGAAGUCACAUUACUUUUGUGGAAUUCCGGCGCCGAACAUAACCAUUGGAAUCAAAAUUCCGUUCCUCGUUUCGCGGGAUGCAUGCAACGUGUCGCCCAAUUGCUCGAAUGCCCAAUUUGCCUCGAUACCGUUCGUCGUCCCAUCGUUCAAUGCAUCAACGGGCAUCUCUUGUGCUCUGGAUGUCGCAACAAAACGCAACAAUGUCCCGUUUGUCGAGUGUCUCUCGAAAGCAACACUUCCCGAUGUCUCGUCGCCGAAAAAUUACUCGGACUUAUCGUUGAAACAUUUAAAAAUAAAAUAAAUUAUUAA